AUGGGAGGUAAUAGACGGGAAAUCAGAAACAGAAGGAGCAAAGUGGCUUUUGGGGGACGCGUCUGCCUUUUCUUGUCUUUAAAACGAAACAGCCCCAGCUGGCCUCGAAUUGCGGCAGUGACGAGACGUGGAUUCAGUGGGCAACGACUCGUUCCCUCUUACCCUUACUGUGGCAGUGGGCGGUGGAGUGGACGCCUGGCAGAGGGGUGGGUCCAAGCCGCGCCUGAAGCUCCCGUCAUCUUUGGUCUUUGCCUUCCCUGCCUUGCCUUACCUUAG